CGAUUUUUUCGCGUUUUUCAAUCAGCACUGAUUGUCACUUUUUCAACAUCUUCCGCAGCCGAGAGUGAAAUAACGCCAGCAUAAAUUGCCUUUUCGGUGGAUAUAGCGUCGCUAGUCAGCGUAUACGUAAAAAUAGAUAACAUUCGGUGAGAUUGCGACCAAAUUCGACUAUCGUUCGCAGGGGAAAAGCGCUAUGCGAAAAUAAUUCGCAAACCUCUCCCCUUCGCGUGUUCACUUUGACACAUUCGGGAAAAAAAUCGGUCCGUUCUUUUGUUGAUGCUAGUGAUCUGCUUGCUCUUAGGAUUUUUUUUGUAGCACUGGAGAAGCAGACAGCUGAGGUUUUCUAAUUUGGUUAGUUUCGGAUAUUCCACCGAGUGUUACGAAAUGGCAUCACCGCUAGAACACUACGUGAAUCAUGUCCGCACAAUGAGCAGUGCUGGAAACUUUCGAGAACUGGUGGAAUAUUUGCUAGAAUCAACGGAACUGUUGGCAAAAAAUGGAAAUAUAUUGGACAAUGUGUUGGAAACGCUAGACAUUCAGCAGCACUCACUGGGGGUGCUGUUCGUGCUAGUGAUCAAAUUUAGCGAGCCGAACAAUCACGACGAUGCCGAGAAUGUACUACGGGUUGUGAGAGAGUUUAUCACACUUUGCAACGGGGAACAAGUCAGAUUCGCCACGCAACCAUAUUUUGAGCUUUGCCACCAAUUCACUUCUGCCCUGGCAAAGAACAAGCAGUACACUAUUCAGGGAAUCCAGGUGCUAGCGUUGGCGGUAGAGAAAAUCCGGCUUUUCGACACUCAACUGACCCCCGUCCACGCCGAUUUGUGCCAGCUGUGCCUGUGCGCGAAGGUGUUCAGUCCGGCGCUACGGUUUCUCGAUACGGAUGUCACGGCGAUUGCCAACACCGAGGACAGCAACCAUGACACGAAGUACUUCCUGCUGUACUAUUACUACGGUGGUAUGUUGUACGCGACAGUCAAAAACUACGAACGGGCACUGUACUUCUUCGAGGUGGCAGUUUCGACGCCAGCACUGGCCAUGUCUCACAUCAUGCUAGAAUCGUACAAAAAGUACAUACUCGUCUCGCUAAUACUGCACGGGAAAGUGAUUCCCAUACCGAAAUAUUCCUCACAAGUCAUCUCGCGGUUUAUGAAGCCCCUGAGUCACGCUUACCAUGACCUGUCCAGUGCAUACAAUAGUUCCAACAGCGAUGAGGUUCGGAUUGUGGUCAACAAGUAUCGGGAUUCGUUCAUCCGGGACACCAAUAUGGGUCUGGUGAAGCAGGUCGUUUCGUCGUUGUACAAGAAAAACAUACAGCGCCUAACAAAGACGUUCUUGACACUGUCGCUGGCGGAUGUGGCCAGCCGGGUACAGCUGUCCGGGCCGGCCGAGGCGGAAAAGUAUAUCCUGAACAUGAUAAAAUCGGGUGAAAUAUUCGCCUCCAUCAAUCAGAAGGACGGCAUGGUGGUGUUCAAAGACGAUCCGGAAAAGUACGACAGCCCGGACAUGUUUAACAAGGUGCAGCAUGAAAUCAGUCGCGUGAUGGACCUGAAUAAACAGAUUCUCAAAAUGGAAGAGGACAUUAUGCUCAAUCCUGUGUACAUUAAGAAAUCCAUGGGCAAUCAGGACGACGAUAUUCUUGGCGGCCAGCAUUCGAAAUCAUGCUCUGGUGAUCCCACCGAAUAAUGCAACCAGCGGGUGGACUCGACCCAAUCGACUGACAACACCGGAAGCUAGCAGUAGUUGUGUAGGAAAAAAUGAAUGCGAGAAUACUAAAUACAAUACAACAGCCGCAGUGAAGUAAACACGAAUAAAGAAUGCGACUCAAAGUCCUGCAACAGACCUAGAAUUCACCAGCAGCAGACACAAACACAAAUACACACAAAUCACAAACAGAAAUCGGCGUAGAUAAUUCCGAACGAACUAUUUUGUUGUUGAUGUGAUUCAAACUAAUUAAGACAAGCUUGGAACCCAGUUGAAUAACACAUUUACAACCAAUUAUAGCGAUAAUAGCAUGAAAUAGAAACUGCACUGUUCUGUUCGGAAAAGCAAAACAGUACCAUAGGAAAAGGAAACCAAUUUCGAAUGAAAUUUUUCUGUUUUUUUUUCACGGACAGUGACGUUUGUGGGUUCGGGAUUCCGCAAGAUGAGAUGAGCUUCAAAGCGAAAAGUAAAACGUUGAGCAAAAGCUUUGUUACAAAAUAAUUAAAAAGAAACCCGUGAGAAUAAUAAAUCCAGCUUUUGUUUUGAAGUCAUCGGAGAACGAAGGAAGGCAAGAUUCAACUUUUAAACAUGCGUAGGUGGCCCUUGACGGGUUCAAGUGAAACGUGCUGUUAAUUUUGCUUGCUCUGAGAAAGAAAGAGAUGAAAUGUAUCGUAAAAAAGAAAGCGAGCGGGAAACUUGCAAAGGAUAACGCGUGUUUGUUGUGUUUAGAGAGAUCGAGAAGGGACGAGUGAAUAGUGAGAGUACGUAGCCAACGAAGAAGAUUUUUGGAAGAAUUCUCUCAAUAAAAAAUAUUUCAAAAGGAA